AUGUGUUUUGGGCCUGAUGAGAAGACGCUGGCUUUAGAACUUCGCGACUCGUUGGUUGAAGUUUGGGAAGUAGAGACUGGAGAGCUGUUGAGAAGUUUUCCGGUACAAGGAGCAGAGAUUCAAAUGAUGAGUCUAGGUGAUGGCAAGAAAACGUUGACGCUUCACGUUCAAAGCCUUGUUGUGACGCAACUGGAUGUAGUAAAUGGGAAGGUCCGUUAUGAGAUGGCAGUGCCAAGAGGUAGGUUUACGAAGAGAUGGUUCGCCAUGGACGGGAAGACUUUCUUUCUUUUGAUGGACGAUGGCACUAUGGAAGCUUGGGAUGUGCAGACAGGGGAAAUUCGUUACACGGUUGGUGAUGUUGUGGAUUUUGAUGUUGGCAAGGAAAAAAUAGCUGCGAUAUUGAUUACUUGGGAAGUGAAAGUUUGGGACAUCAAGACCGGGCAACCUCUCCAUACGAUAUUGCCGACAUCGAUGCCUACUGUUAGACCCGACUGGAAAUACAACUUGCUUUUGGCACCAAAUGGAAAUACUCUGUUUCUCUUCACUUUGUCUGGGAUGCAAGAAAUAAUGCAAGUGUGGGACGUAGAGACUGGCGAGAUUCGAGGUACCAUCAGAACAGCAGAUGGAAGCAUCGCCGACAAGUUGAGCAUCAGUGAGGAUGGGAGGACUGUCGCAUUUAGAGUCAAAGAUGGCGGAAUAGAAGUGAGAGACGUCGAGUCAGGGGAGCUGCGCCAAAUGAUAAAGCCACAAGGUGAGGAGAUGAAAAGUUUUCAAGUAUCUCCUGACGGGACCGCCCUUCUCUUGCACAUGUCAAAUGGAAGUAUAAAAGUUUGGGACAUAAGUAGUGCAAUGCUCUGCACUAGUUUUGAAUCAGAGGAUCGACCAAUAUCGCAGUUUUCACUUGGGUGCAAUGGGAGAUUUAUUGCGUUUAGUUUUGAAGAUGGAAAGAUACAAGUGUGGGACGUAGAGACUGCCGAGAUUCGAGGUACCAUCAGAACAGCAGAUGGAGGCAUCGCCGACAAGUUGAGCAUCAGUGAGGAUGGGAGGACUGUCGCAUUUGAAGUCGAAGAUGGCGGAAUAGAAGUGAGAGACGUCGAAUCAGGGGAGCUGCGCCAAAUGAUAAAGCCACAAGGACAGAAGAUCAUUGAUAUCAAAUUUGGACCUCAAGAGAAGUUCUUAGCUUUGAGAUCAAACACUGGCAGAUUGGAACUUUGGAAUGUUGAAACAGGGCAAUAUCUCAAAGAAUUGAAAGGAGACUCCGUCCACAUCGACGUAGUUUUUGUCGAUGGUUCCAUCCUGGCAUUAUCACCGCAGGGGAGAGUAGAAAAGCAAGAUUUUCAAACAGGUCCGCGCCUUCAGACCCUUUCAGAGCAGGGAAGCUCGGUGAUCAAUGCAAUUUUCAGUCCAAAUGAAAAGUUUCUUGCUCUAUUGCGUGGUGAUGAUCGUCAAUUGAUUGAGGUGUGGGACAUCGAAAAUGAACAACUUCUGCAUCCUCAAUCUAUUCAAGUAAGUAAUGACGAUAAAGCAAAGUUGGAAUUUGGACCGAACGGAGAUACAAUAUUACUGUACUCAGGAAACGAGAAUUCAAAGGUACGUUUGUGGAACAGAGGAGGAGGGAAGGGGGUGGAGGGAAAUCCGAGUAAUGUCGUGUUUGGGGCUCUUUCCUUCUUUCCUUCCUUCUCUCCCCUCCUGUCCUAUCUCCUCCUCUCCCCUUUGUCCUCCUUCUCUCCGCGUCUCUCCUCUCCCACCAUGAUCAUCGGCUAA